UGAUAAUAGUCUCUUAUGAAAUAGUUGGGCCAAAAGUAGUUGGAUCAGCCUUAUAUGGGCUUUUAGUAAACCCGAAAACCACACACAGCAAACCCAAAACCCUACUACCCCUGCACUGCAAAUAAUAACACCAACACAAACAUCAGAAACCCUAAUCCUACUCUGAGUCAGAGCAGCGCAACCUCCUAUUCCAUUUCUCUCUAGCGCAGUAGCUCAUUCAAUCACAACAACUUUAUGGCUGAACGUGAUGGCGGAGACCGUGGCAGUUUCCGGAUGCGGCUUUGGCGGUCGUGGACGCGGCGGCGACAGGGGACGAGGGUGGCGCAGGACAGCAGGGCGCCGUGGCGAGGAGGAGGAGUGGGUACCAGUGACAAAGCUAGGACGCCUGGUGAAGGAGGGUAAAAUCCGUAGCCUGGAGCAAAUCUACCUACACUCGCUCCCAAUCAAGGAAUACCAAAUCAUCGACACCUUCGUGGGGCCCACCCUGAAGGACGAGGUGAUGAAGAUCAUGCCCGUCCAGAAACUCUCUGUUAUUCCUGUCAGGAGAGGGUAUUGGGGUAACAAGAUCGGAAAGCCCCACAACGUUCCUUUCAAGGUUACCGGCAAGUGUGGUUCUGUUACCGUUCGCAUGGUCCCCGCUCCUCGUGGGUCCGGAAUUGUUGCUAUUAGGGUUCCAAAGAAGGUCUUGCAGUUCGCUGGAAUCGAUGGUGUCUUCACUUCCUCAAGGGGUUCCACCAAAACCCUCGGAAAUUUCGUCAAGGCUACUUUUGACUGUUUGCUGAAAAGCUACGGUUUUCUAACACUGGAGUUCUGGAAGGAGACUCGGUUCUCCAAAUCACCAUUCCAAGAGUACACAGAUCUAUUGGCAAAGCCAACAGGAAAGGCCCUGAUCCUCGAGGAGGAAAGGGUGGAGGCUUGAGUAAGCAGCAGUAGUUUUAAUUUUAUCGGAUGAUUGUGUCUUAAGCAUGCCUUUUGUUAUUUACUUUUCUAUUGAGGGACGUAUUAUAUAACUCCAUGUUUUUCCUUUUUUCUCAAGUUUAGUUGAAUGGAUAUUUACUGAGUUUCAAACACGGGUUCAUUAAAAUUUUCGUGCUGUUCUAACCAAAUCAUGAUUCAAAGAAAAGAAAAUGUGUUUCUGCAUUCCCAAUGAAUGGAGAGCUGGUUUAGUUAAUAC